AAAAUAUGAAAGGUGUGUUGAGUAGGACAGCAUUAGUGUCCUUUUGAUUGUGGCCAAAAUCCCAAUGCUCUCUCUCUUCCUCCCCCAUUAAAAUCCAUUAAUCCCUUGAAAAACACCACUCCCUCUCUCUCUCUCUCCCUCUCUCUCCAGCAGAGUAUUUGGAAACCGCCUUUCUAUUUGAUUCCACUACCUGUCGCUUUUGUUUCCACAUCAAAGCAACAAAAAAGGAUAAAGAAAGAAAGAAAAAGAAAAUUUAAGAAGCUCAUACCCUCUCUAUACAUGCGGUGUGUUGCAUAGGAAACAUUUAUCGCUUAGUCCAAAACCGACCCAUUUCAGAACCCUUCGCCAUUUGUUUGGAAUAAUCUGUAAGACAACAAUUUUAUAUAUCUUCAAUGUUCAUACUAUCUGAAACAAGGGCUACACUCGGUGUUCAUCAUAUUUUUUUCCCAUUUUGCUCCAAAUCUUGAGCUUUCUCAACCCAUCUCGCCAGUUCAGCUGGAAAAGGGUAGACACCACUCAUCUCUGUUUGCAUUAAAGGUUAUUUGAGUUGGAUUGGUCAAGUCCCGGGGUUUGAUAUCUUCUAAUGAUUCAGGAUAAUUUCAAGUGAUCCUAUUUUCAUCAUGAGCUUAUUAUUUAAUGACAUUAACCUCCCAUGAGAUGACUUACCUGUAUGAUUUCAGGUCAAGUCCACGGGUUUGAAUUUUUCUAUUUUGUUAAGAUUGUUUCAGCUCUUCUUGAUUAUGGAGGGGGAGACAUCAUGGUUCAGUCACUGCCUUGAUGACAUUCCGAGAGAUGUCAGGGCCUAUGAUUCAUUUCAAGAGCUCAGAGAUGAAGGCAACGAAGAAGUUACAACAGUUUCUGUGGAUUUAAUUCUGCCUGAUGACUUGUUGGAGCGUAUUCUAUCCUGUCUUCCCAUUCCAAGCAUUAUUAGAGCAGCUUGUGUGUGUAAAAGAUGGCAUGACAUCGUUAGUUCAAGAAGGUUUUUGUGGAACUUCUCUCAUGUCAUACCACAAAAGCCUUGGUAUUUUAUGUUUACAAGCUCUGAUGAACCAAAUGGUUAUGCCUAUGAUCCCAUAAUUCGAAAGUGGUACAACAUUGAAAUCCCCUGCAUUGAGAAGUCCAAUUGGUUCAUCUCUUCAUCAUGUGGCUUAGUUUCCAUCAUGGACAAUGAUAGUAGAAGCAAGCUAUAUGUCUGUAACCCAAUCACCAAAUGCUUCAAGAAGCUGGAGGAGCCUCCAGGUUUUAAAUUUUCUGAUUACAGUGCGCUGGCAAUAUCAGUUGACAGAAUAUCUCAUGGUUACAAUGUCUCGAUUGUGAAAUCUAAGCAAGUUCCAGGAAACUUUUUUCAGUGGAAUCUCUCAAUUCAUAUAUAUUUCUCAGAUACUAUGAUGUGGUUGACCCCAUUGACAGAGGUUCUGACAGGGUGGAGAGCAGGUGAUGAGAGUGUGAUAUGUGAUGGAAUUUUGUACUUCUUGAUUUACUCCACUGGGGGUCGCAUGCCUGAGAGUCGCCAUGGCCUAAUCAGUUAUAACCUCACAAGCCACUCAUCCCAUGAUUUGUUAAUAAAAAGUUUUAUCCCAGUGCCCUGUUCUCUUACAUGUGGCCGUCUGAUGAACCUCAAGGAGAAAUUGGUAAUGGUGGGAGGGAUUGGAAAACAAGAUCGGCCCGACAUAAUCAAGGGGAUUGGCAUCUGGAUUCUUAAUGGGAAGGAAUGGAAAGAGAUUGCCCGUAUGCCUCAUAAGCUUUUUCAAGGAUUUGGGGAGUUUGAUGAUGUUUUUGCUAGCAGUGGUACAGAUAACUUCGUAUACAUCCAGAGCUACGGCUCACCUGUUCUUCUUGUUUUUGACAUGAAUAAGAAGCAAUGGAAAUGGUCACAAAAAUGCCCAGUGGCAAAGAGAUUCCCGCUUCAGCUCUUUACUGGUUUUUGCUUUGAACCUAGGCUUGGCAUCAUUCCCUGAUUUUUUUUCCUCAAUAGGAUGUGAUGGUAUUGACAAAUUCUUUUUGCACUCCCUGCUUCUUCUUCUUUUGCCUUUUAUCUUUUCAGUUAUUAUGAAGUCCAUAUUUGUAAAGGUUUAUAGAAAACAUAUGAUCUGCUCAUUGCGAAUAUUAUUCAUUCUUUGCGUUUAGAAAUGCAUGGAUUGAUAGAAGUACAAGACUGUUUCUCUGGCUUUUCCUUGCACUACUGUUUCAUUUUUUUUUUUUUGUGCUUUUAAAGAUGUAAAAGUUGUUGCUUAUUAAUGUUUUAGUUGGUUCCAUUUAUA